GCCGUUACCGGGCGCCGCGCCGGGCGGCGCUGUGGUUUCGGUGCCGCCGCGGGCGGAGGGCGGGCUGAUGAGCUCCCGGCACGCACCCCGCGCCCGCGCCCCGCCGGCACCCGCCCCCGCCCCCGCGGGUCUCCCCGCAGAGAUCCGGCGGCCCGCCCAGCGGCGCCCUGAAGCCGGCUGGGGUCCCCCUGGCGUUGGCGUGUAGUCAGGGUGGCUGAGGGCUGCAAGGGCUGCGGGGUGACGCUGCCUCCCUCCUUCGGGGUGGCGGCGCCGGCCUGAUCCCCCCUCUCCCUGCAGAGACCCACGUGCCGGCCAUGGGGCCCCUGAGCCGGGAGGCCUGGGCCCAGCUCCUGGGCGCCUUCCGGGCCAGUCCGUCCGCCUUCAUGGCAGCUCCUGAGGGUGAGGAUCUGGGUCGUGACCUGCUGAGCGACCUGAGGAGUGAGAAGCUGAGCGAACCGACCAAGGUUUCCAUGCUGGCCCUGAGCUUGGAGUACCCAGCCCAGUUGUGGCCGGAUGCCCCUGCAGCCGAGGCAGCCGCCACCUCCCUGUUGGAUACCCUAGUCCUUCUACCCCCACGGCCGUCAGCUCUGCGGAGGCCCCUGUUGCUGGCAGCAACCACAGCCCUGGUGACCGGAGGUGCGCUCGGCCCCACCUCCGGGGCCUCCCUGCGGCUUCUGCCCCUGCUGCUGGGCUUGGCUUCAGGUGGCGAUCUGGGGCGAGGCUUUGGCCCCGCCUCGGAGCAGCGACCCCUGCAGGCCACUGCGUGCGAGUGCCUGCGGGAGCUGGAGAGCUGCCAGCCUGGGCUGCUGGGGGGCUGCCUGGGGCUUCUCCGUGGCCUGUUGGGACAAGAGGGCCCCGUGGCCCCUGUCCAGCCGCUCAGCCUGCUGCUGGCGCUGGCCCUGCGGAACACCUUGGUGAUACAGGCGAGGGCCGGGGCCAGCCUGCAGGGCCUGCUCACAGUCAGGGCUUCUCCCCCUGGGGGUGGCCCCUGGAACUGGACACUGGCUCAAGCGGGCGAAGCCCACCUUCAGCCCCAAGCGCCCAGCUGGCCUGCCGCUGAGGAGGAGUGCCGCCUUUCCGCGCUAGAGCCCAGCCCCGAGGAGGCCCGGGAGCUGCGGGCUGCGGUGGCCCAGCUGCUGGACACCUCGUACCUGCUCACACCUGUGGCCCAGGCCCAGCUCCUGUGGCUGCUGGGCUGGGCCCUGCGGGGUCUGCGGGGACAGCCUCCGGUGCUCUUCAAGCCGCAGCUGGUCCGGCUGCUGAGCACAGCCCAGCUGACCCUGCUGCACGCCGUGCUGGCGCUGAAGGCGGCCUUCGGCGAGGCACUGUUCACGGCUCAGGACGAGGCCCUGCUGCUCCGCCGGCUCACCCUGGCCGCGCAGCACCCAGCCCUGCCCCUGCCCGCCCACCUCUUCCACCUGCACUGCCUCCUGAGCUUCCCGGAGAACUGCCCGCUGGGCCCCGCGGGCGAAGAGGCUGCCCCCCUGCUGCUGGAGCCGCAGCUCUGCCGUGGCCUCCUGCCCCACCUCCUUCUCGACCCCAUGGCCCUCCUGGCCCGCCUGCACCUGCUGUGCCUUCUCUGUGCCGAGGACGAGCAAGAGGAGAAAGGACAGGCGCAGAGCCCCUGCCACUACUUGCAGGAGCUCCUGGCUGGCCUGCAGCAGAGGGCGGCCCUUCCGGGAAGCCCCCGGGCCUUGGCUACCCUCUGCUUCCGGGCUUCAUACCUCGUCGCCCGCUGCCUGGCCGGGCGCCAUGCAGUGCUGACACCCCUGACCCACGGACUGGCCCAGCUCUACCGAGCCCGGCCUGCGCUGGCUCCCCAUUUUGUUGACCUCUUGGAUCGAGUGGCCCCUGAGCUGGGGGAGCUCCUGAGGGUGGUGUUGAGGCAAGAGGUGGUAUCCAGGCCAGGUGGGGGUGAGGCCCUUCGUUGGCACCUGCAGAUGCUGGCAAGGGUGGCAGACAGGGAUGCUCAGAGUGCCACCCUCGCUUUCCUGCAGGCGGCAGCUGUCCAUUGCUCUGACUGGGGCCUCCAGCAGGCCUUGCUGCGAGUCUGCCGGGCCCUGCUGCGGGCGGGUGUCGGGGGAGGCCUGGCAGACUUGCUGCAGGCGUUGGCCAGGCAGUUGGAGGACCCGGAUGGGCGGGACCACGCCCGCCUCUACUACAUCCUCCUGAGCCACCUGUCGGGGCCCAAGCUGGGCGUGGCCCUGGGCCCCUCCCUUGCUGCACCUGCACUGACCUCCCUGGUGGCGGAGAACCAGGGCUUUGCCACGGCACUGAUGGUGCAGGAGGCCCCAGCCCCGAUUCGGCUGAGCGUGGGAACCCAGAGGGCUGAGGGCCCGGUGCCCGUGCUGCAGCUCCAGGUAGAGGUGCUGGAGCCAGUGUACUCUCUGGAGCUGCGCUUCCGAUCUGGUGUCUUCACUGUUGUCCAUCUUUCUGUGUUGCUGCCAUGGCUGGGACCUGAGUCGCAGCUGUAUACCUUACGUCACACCCUGGGCAUUUUGGGGCUGUACAGCUACUAUAAUCCAUCUGUGGUCUCAACCCCUGGUGCUGCAGGAGUUUCGGUGCCCAGAUCACAGCCUACAGCCCUUGACCUGUGGAGGCAUGAAUGGGUUCUGAUGGAUGGAAGGAUGGCUGGUGAGUCCUUGCAUAGGCCAAUUACCUUAAUCUUGGGCAAAGGAUUAAUGACAUCUUCUGCAUCUGAAGUCAAAAAAGCAAGUGUGUUUUCCGGACUCCUACGGUACCUGGGAAACAUGCUGUGGCAAAAUGUUUAAAUAUCAAAGAACUUCCGACACACUAUCACAGGUCUCCCAAGCAACUCUUCCGGGAGGAGGCCCUGUCGGUUAUAAACAGGUCUGCCAGCCUCAGUGGAGCCGUAGAACAAAGUCACAGAAACCCGGGAUCACAGAUCCAACUUUUAAAGGCCCACAGGACCUGGUUCAGGACAGGCAAGACACACAAACCACCUACUCUUUCAGGCUCAACUGCAAAAACGCUCCGCCCCCUCCCACCAUGGGAGCUGGGAUCCCACACCCAGAACCCUCCUGGCCUCAGACUCGCAGACUCUGACACCUGAAAUUAGGCGAGGAGGGACUGAAUACCUAAGCCCCAUCGCAGCGUCUGGACACACUGCGGGUAACAUGAAAACAACUUCUGCAAAGAAGGCGGGGCCUCUUUGGUCCAAGACAGCACCGGAAAGACAGUCCCUGUAAGUCUGGAAAUGUUAAAUGCCUGGGGGUUAGGCCUGGGACUGCAGGGAAGGGGUUUGUAAGUGUGUGUACCACUUGAAGGGGCAGCCUUUGAAACACGUAAUCUCUGGGGGAGCAAAACACACAAAAAGGGCCGAAACCGGUUUGGUUCAGUGGUAGAGCGUCGGUCUGCGUACUGAAGGGUCCCAGGUUUGAUCCCGGUCAGGGGCAUGUACA